GAGACACUAAAAAGAAUCUGCAUUUGGUGUUCAUUGACUUAGAAAAGGCGUAUGAUAGGGUACCUCGAGAAGUUCUUUGGUGGGCCUUAACUAGAAAAUGCAUAUCACGUAAGUAUAUCAGUAUCAUCAUGGAUAUGUAUGAGCCUUGUACUACGAGUGUAUGUACUAGUAUAGGGAGGACCACAUAGUUCCCUAUUACUACCGGAGUGCACCAAGGAUCGGCUCUGAGUCCCUUCUUAUUUGUUAUAGUCAUGGACGAACUUACGAAGUCAAUUCAAGAAGAUAUACCAUGGUGCAUGAUGUUUGCCGAUGAUAUUGUAUUGAUUGAUGAGACAUAAUCGGGUGUUAAAGCAAAGUUAGAAGUAUGACGACAAACUUUGGAGACCAAGGGUUUCAGACUAAGUCGGAGCAAGACUGAGUAUAUGGAGUGCAAGUUUUGUAAAGGUAGAAGUAGUAGCAACAGUGGGAUUACUCUGGAUGGUAAGAAAAUACCAGUGUGUGAUAUGUUUCGUUAUUUGGGCUCCAUAAUUCAGAAGGAUGGUGAAUUAGAUGGAGAUGUAUCGCAUAGAAUCAGAGCUGGGUGGAUGAAAUGGAAGAGUGCAUCAGGAUUUCUUUGUGAUCGAGGUAUGUCGUCUAGACUGAAAGGUAAAUUUUAUCGAACAGCAAUUAGGCAUGCAUUAAUGUAUGGCGUAGAGUGUUGGGCGGUGAAACAAUGUCACUUUCAAAAGAUGAGUGUGACAGAUAUGUGUAUGUUGCGUUAGAUGUGUGGACAUACCAGAAAAGAUCGCGUGAGGAAUGAGGUAAUCAGACAAAAGGUGGGAGUAACACCUAUAGAAGAGAAGAUGCAGGAGUCUCGUUUGCGGUGGUUUUGGCAUGUGCGUCGAAGACCGAGUGAUGCACUUGUUAGACGACUUGAGGGGUGGGGAGAAGAGACAGAGAGGAAAGGGAGGGGAAGACCUAAACAGACUUGAAUUAGAUGAAUCAGAACUGAUAUGCGUCUUCGUGGGUUGGAUGAGAGCAUGACUUUAGAGAGGGCAAAGUGGAGGGCGUGUGGACGGUUGAUAUUUUUUUUCUUUUCCUCUCUCGUUUUCUUUUCUUUUCUUUUCUUUUCUUUUAUUGCUUAUCUUCUUUGUCUUUUCAUGUUCUUAUGUUAUUUUUAUGUUCUCCCUUUUUUAUGUUCUUUUAUCUUUCUUAUAUUCUUAUAUUUAUCUAUUUUUAUAAUAUUCGUUUUAUCUUUUUAUUUCCUCUUGUUUGUCUUCUCUUUAUGACUUCGAUAUAAUGGACCGAUUCAUGUUAACCGACCGCAAAAUCUUUUAGGAUUAAGGCUUGGAUGUAUAUGUGUAUCUUUUCCAAUUAUAUAAACUCCCUAUAAUUAACCGGACUGUUUUGAAGAGGAUACGGUUCGGGUCCUGAUUCAGUCAACAUUUUGUCUCGUGCUUUAUCCGCAUCGUCUCUUUCUUUAAUUAAAGACUGCCUUUGUGCCUCACCUCUGUUCACCUGAGACCAUACGAGAGCCGAGCAUAAGAAUACCACAAGUGUAGAAGCUAUAAAAAAACAACAUAGAUCGGAAAAGAAGAAAUGUCAUCGGAGAAACGAUCUUCAAGGCCGCCAUUAUCGGAGACCCAGAACCUCUCUUGCCCACGUUGCCACUCCACCAACACCAAAUUCUGCUACUACAACAACUACAACCUCUCCCAGCCGCGCCAUUUCUGCAAGUCCUGCCGCCGUUACUGGACCCGCGGCGGAUCCAUCCGUAACGUCCCCGUCGGCGGCAGCCGCAGGCGCCCCUCCGGUAAACGCUCCCGCGCCGCAACUUCCCCGACACGCUCUGUUCGCUCCCCUGUUCCUGCGGCUCUUGGAUUGCGUGCCGGGUCGGGUCGCGACGUGAAUCUGAACGAGACGGUGUCUGGGCCCGAGACCGCCGGGAGUUUCACGUCUCUGCUGAGCUCCACGGCGGUGGACAGCGGUAUUGAGUAUGUGUUUGGGUCGAAUGGGUUGGAUUACGGGUUCGGGCUCUGCGACUGGGCGACCGAAGAUAUAGUCGGUGAAGCUGCUGGUGGAAGUGUCAUUGGAAGCGUGGCUGCUCCGAGUUGGAACGCGUGGCGGACCGGCGGCGGAGAGAUCGCUGAAGGCGGCCUCGCCGACGUCGGUGAUUGUUUAGGCUGGCCGGAACUCGCCAUUUCUGGACCCGAAUGGAAAUCUUGAAUCGGCUAAUGAAAAUAAUGGAAGGUUAAUUGUGUUGAACCAUGGAUAUGCGUAUGGUUUUGUUUCUUUAAUUACGUUUCACAUGUCUAGUUAAUUAACUGCUCAAAAUUUGUAGGGUACUUAGUAUAUUACGAGUAAUAGAAAACAGUGGUUCUAAACUUCUAAUUACAGUGUUUUUAGCGCGUAGAUACUCAUCAAAAAGAGUCUGUUGAUCUAUCUCGAAGAAAUGCAGUAUUAUUGACUCGUUA